CCACGCGUUCCCACGACGGGGGAAGCAGCGGCGAGGACUGAAGAGGGAUGGAUUAACAGCGGCCAACGUCAAAGACCGCCCGCUCCACACGAUGAACGCCACUCAGCUCUAUGGGCUCAUCCAGGCUUACCACUCCAACGCCAGCCGGGGGGCCGCGGCGCCGACGGCCCAACCGGACGUACCCCCGGACGCCAAGGAGGACCCCUCCGCGUCGGGGUGCUACAAGCAGCUCCUGAUCUCCCCCGAGGUCUUCCUCACGCUGGGCAUCAUCAGCCUGUUGGAGAACAUCCUGGUGAUCGCCGCCAUCGCGAAGAACAAGAACCUCCACUCGCCCAUGUACUUCUUCAUCUGCAGCCUGGCCGUGGCCGACAUGCUGGUGAGCGUGUCCAACGCCUCGGAGACCAUCGUCAUCUCGCUGAUCAACAGCGGCAGCUUGCCCAUCCCCGUCACGCUCAUCAAGAGCAUGGACAACGUGUUUGACUCGCUGAUCUGCAGCUCGCUGCUGGCCUCCAUCUGCAGCCUGCUGGCCAUCGCCGUGGACCGCUACAUCACCAUCUUCUACGCCCUGCGCUACCACAACAUCGUGACCGUGCGGCGGGCCAUGCUGGUGAUCGCCGGCAUCUGGGCGUGCUGCACGGGCUCGGGCGUCCUCUUCAUCGUCUACUCGGAGAGCACCACGGUACUCAUCUGCCUCAUCACCAUGUUCCUCACCAUGCUGGUGCUGAUGGCCUCGCUCUACGUGCACAUGUUCCUGCUGGCGAGGCUGCACAUGAAGCGCAUCGCGGCGUUGCCCGGCAACGCGCCCAUUCACCAGCGCGCCAACAUGAAGGGCGCCAUCACGCUCACCAUCCUGCUCGGGGUGUUUGUGGUGUGCUGGGCGCCCUUCUUCCUGCACCUCGUCCUCAUGAUCUCCUGCCCGAGGAACCCCUACUGCACCUGCUUCAUGUCCCAGUUCCCCAUGUACCUCAUCCUCAUCAUGUGCAACUCCGUCAUAGACCCCAUCAUCUACGCCUUCCGCAGCCAGGAGAUGAGGAAGACCUUCAAGGAGAUCUGCUGCUGCUGCUACGGCCUGUCCCACCUGUGCUUGUGAGACAAGAGGGAGAUUGUGUGCGCCACAGGAGAAGUGGUCCAAGAGGGUGCUGGGGGGAUCGAAUCUGCUGCUACAGGAAUGAAACU